AUGGAGCAAGUAAACGAAUCAAGAGAUCAAUCAAAGAAAGCAAAGAAACGACCUAAGGACCAACUGGCUGUUGGCAAUGAAAAUAAGAAAACAAGACUGUUUUCCCCGAAAUUAUUCAGAAAGCAGUUGAACCAAGAAAGCAGUCAUGCUGCUGUUAAACAGUUUUUAGAAGCUGUGAAUGAUUCCAAAACCCAUGAUUAUAUUAUAGAAUACUUGGAUAGUGGUGGUAGUUGCUUGGAGCUCUUGCAAACCCUUGAACUUGACUCCAGUAUCCCACCAGCAAUAGUUUUUGAAUUACUAUCUCAUAUCCUCCUGAGAAUAAAUGCCAGUUGUCCUCAGUACGAAAGUGCUGCAUAUGAGGCAUGUCGCUACAUGCUCAACAAUUAUGCUGUUGUUUUCAGUAAAAUGAUCAAUUUGAGCUCUACUACCCCAGAAAGGAAGGCCUGUUUGAAGCUCCUUACUGCUAUGGUUGCAUUGUCUUCUCAUCUAGCUAAAGAUAUAUUGAUUCACAUCAAUUUCCAUUCUACAAAUAUUGAACUUUUGACCAAACAUACAGGUGAAAAGAACAGUGUUAGAGAUCAUUUUAUAAGAUUCUUGACAGCUUAUUUGAUUGAUGUUCACUAUCCUGCUUUGUCUGUUCUUCUGGAGAAAAAAGGCUUCAUUACUAGUAUAGUGAAGGGUUUGCAGUUUGAUUCUUCUGACACUUUGUGUUUGGUUAUAUCAGCUAUGAAGAAUCACAUUUUGGAAAAUAGCUAUGUUUCCAAGACUGCAAAAAUGAGGACUUUCAAUACUGUGGUGGUUAGAGAUAUUGUAAAUUUAUACAAUUGGAAGGGUCCUGGAGGGAUGGCUGCUCAGAAAAAUAAUAAAAUAAUCAAUGUAGACCAAUUGGAGAAGAGUAGAGUUAAUGAGUGUGUGCAUGAAUUUCUGCUGGUCUUAUGCACUUCCCAUAAGUUUGGUGUCAUUUUUAGAGAUCCUUUUUUGGGUCUCGGAAAGAAGAACCAGAACGCCUUGAUGUAUACUGUUCUGGAAAGUUUAGACAGGCCUUGGGACCACUCGUACGCAUCCGAACUGGUUCUGAAGAUUUGCGGGGCCUGUCCGGACCUGGCGAAAACGAUUUGGGCCAACCUAAAGCCGUUCCUGGUCCCGAGGAUGUCCGAUAAAUGGCUCAGCGCCAUGAAAUUCGCCAAGCAAUUGAUCCGAGAACUUCAACAGAAUUGUACUGAAUUCUGCAUGAAAGAGUUGAAUGUUACACAAUUAUUCCAAAUAGUGCAAUGCCUAGUAUCACCUCUUCCAGUGAUAAAGACAGUUCUACCUGAGACUAACAUUUUCGAAAGUCCCGCCAUCAAAUUUAACGUAAUUUCAUUACUUCUAGAAAUGCUCAAAUCUUUGAACAGUUACUUAAAAUCAUUAAAAACGUCUCUUGGUGCCGAAGAUCACAGUAAAUUGAAAUCAUAUGUUAACAAUUUCAUUUCGAAAAAUUUCCUCGAUGGUGUCAAGAUUUUGAAUGAUUAUCAAAAUGGGGAGGAGACUCCAGAAUACUCACAGAUACAAUUUUUAGAGGUAGCGUUCGAUAUAUUUGAACAGUACAAACAUUUAUCGCCUAUCCUUUUAGACAGUCUGAGUUCGGACAAUUUUGAAUUUUCAGCAAUUUUGGAAAAAGUCGACAACAUUUCUCGGGCAAAGGAAAUCGACACGUCUAAUUUAAAAGUCAAAAUGAUCAAUAUUUUCAUCGAUUUUGAUAACUCAAAGUUUUUACCUCACACUGCUUUAUUUUCUUUUGUAGUCCCUUUACUUUUCAAAAAGUAUUAUAGCGAUGCGAGUAUUGACAUUUUGACAGUACUCAACAAACUUCUCAAUAACUCUGGCGUAUUCGAAGAGUGUAGUUAUGAAAUAAACAUUUGGAUAAAUGCCAUUUUGAACCUGAAGAAAUUUGAUGAAAAUGUUGUCCUCGAUAUCAUAGAAAUCCUGAAAAUAACAAGUGAGAAUUCACAGGCAUUUUUCGACGAAUUAUAUUCGUUCAAUUCAGAUAGUGGCACACUCAAAACCUACUCAAAUGUACUCCAAUCUAUUUUAAACACAGAUUCAAAAACUGAAGAUAAAGUAGUGGUUCUUAAUCACAGAUAUUUGAGCCCCGUGGUUCUAGGUGUGUUGAAAUUUUCCUCUGAAAAAGAAGUUUCGAAAGGUUUCAAAAUAUACGCCAAUUUUGCUUUCAUCAAUUUACUCCAUAUGCAAACUAGAACUGAUGCUCUGGUACAGAUUAUAGAAAAAUGUGACUUUUUAUCUAGUAGUUUCAAAGAAUACGCUGUUGCUUGGAGGGACGGCCAAGAAAUCAUAAGCUUGAGCAAAUUCAGAGGUAAACUCGAUAUCUUCGAGAAGUUUUCUCAUGAAUUUUUAUGCGGUUCUCUCGAUGAUUUAUCAAAUAGUGAAGCAUUCGACGUGAUACCAGAUUUAUUAUUGAGUUUACUUGAUGCUAGCAUUUUUUACGUUGUCAACCUGCUGAAUAAGAACCUUCUAACUCCUCACAUAGUCGAAAAUUCUAGAAAGUUCGUUAAGUAUUUGAUAGGCAGAAAAUCAAUCAACGAUGUAUUCAUUGAGAGGCUUUUGGGUCAUCCUGUUUUGUUGCAAAAUAUAACUUUUUUGUCAUUCGCUGAAGAUGAAUCUGCAAACAUUGGCACUCAUUUCAUUAUGAAUAUCAUCAGAGAAUUGCUAGAUGCAGGUUACAAAGUUGAAAGUUAUUUGAUGGUAUACAGGAGGAAAUUAUUGAAUGCAAUAAUCAAAAUAUUAAAGAAGCCACAGAAAUACGAGCAACUCGCUUCAAAUGUCAAAGAACUACUGCAACUUUUCAAUCUGAGCUAUGAUGAUUGUUUUUCUACAUUAAAUACAAUUUCAAUAUCGUUUGAGAAAUAUCAGAAAUGCAAUAUAGUACUUGAUAUCCUAGUUUAUGCCCUGGAGCAGCUCACUACUCUUUGCCAAAUAAACCCGAAGUUUGAGCCAUUAAAUGAAAAUAUAGUACACAAUCUUUCACGUUACUUUGUGAUUUUAGCAACCUAUCAGGAAAUUGAUUUGAGUAAUAUUUCAACAGUAUUUUUAUCAUAUCUAGAAACAUUUCCUCAUAACUUGAAAAAUGUAGAUGAGAGCCUUUUCCAAGCUUUAUUGGAAAUACAAGACUUCAGUAAAGAAAACAUCAAAUUAGCAGUGUUGUUGAUGAAAAAAAAUGUCAACCAUAUGAAUUAUUUCGAAAGAAACAUCGAUACCAUUUGCGAAAAGAAAGGAAUACUGUUGCCUUUAUUGGCAAUCUUUCUUGAAAACAAUACAGAGCUCGAAGUUCUCAAACAAAUUUAUGAUAAAUUCGAAAGUUUUUUGAACAAGGCUAUUCAGAAACCCCAAAAGGCCGGACAACAUUUCCAUCAAAAUUAUAAAGGUCUCGUAGUUCUCAUCGAGAAAUGUAUGCCUGAGGAAAACUGCCAGAAAUUUUGGGAGAAAAUACAAAAGUUUGAGGUUACAGAGGUAUUUCAUGCUAAUUUACUGAGUGCAAUUUUUCUAAAAUCUUCGACGGAUGAAAUUGAUGCUAAAAAAAUCAAUAAUAUCAUAAUGACGUUCGUUCAUUUGCAAAUCAGUGUGUUCAAACGUGGAUUGAAAACAGACGAAGAUAUUUCCAAAUCCAAAAGUGUAGCUUUAAUUUUUGAUGACGUCAUGAACAAGCUGAAGAAUCUCGCUGUAAGCAAAGACUUGAAAACUACCUCGAAAAACGAGACUCUAAAGUUGUAUUGCAAAUAUUGUUUAAAACACGGAAUAUCUUCGCACUCUGUGUUUCUGAAAUCAUUAAGAAGUCUCCUGGACAUACUGUAUAGUUCUAUGGAAUCGGAUGAUGGCAGGGCGAUUUUGGAGAUGUUAUUAUCCCACUCGGAGUUUCUAGGAACCGUCCUGGGCAAAAACUCCGAAGUGAAGUUGGAAGUGCUGUCUUUGUUUCUGGAGUUGUGUAGGAGUUGGCCAGAGUUUAUGGAGAGGAGCCACGUACCUGUUCUGCUAGCCAGCUAUGGGGCUAUGGUGAAUAGUUGUGACAAGAUACUACUCAGGCUGUUCAAAAUGUGA